CACAAUGGGACACCAUGCUUUAUAUGGUCCUGUUAUAUUUACAGAGUGGACGCUUCACUGCACAGACGCAGUUACUCCCUUCAGAGUGGCAACAGGUCGCCGCUGGUCAUCUUACAAGACAAGUAGCACAGUGGCGCCGCCUGUCCAUCAUUAAUUGAUCCAAGAGACAUCGCCGAUACUAAAAACCUGUGGCGAUGAUGUCCACCAAACUCCAAUUAUCUGCGGUGCUCUAUGGACAAGAAGAUCUCCGUUUGGAGAAGACCCCUGUACCUUUGCCCCAAAAGGGUGAGGUGCAGCUGGCCGUCAAGUGUGUCGGUAUCUGUGGCUCUGAUCUCCAUUAUUUUGAGGAAGGCCGACUUAACAAGUUUGUCGUGAAGGAACCGUUAAUCCUAGGGCACGAGGUUAGCGGAACAGUGAAGGCUGUCGGAGAGGGUGUCACCAAUCUCAUAGUUGGUGACCGGGUGGCCGUGGAACCUGGGGUGCCGUGUAGGAGGUGUGAGUUCUGCAUGGAAGGGAAAUACAACCUUUGUCCAAACAGGCAUUUCUGCGGAGCACCCCCUGUCGGCGGGGCAAUGAGACCUGUGAUAUGUCACCCGGCUGAGUUUUGUUACAAGUUACCGGACCACGUGACCUUUGAGGAGGGAAUGUUGAUGGAGCCCCUCGCUGUAGCUGUCCACGCAUGCGCACGGGCAGAGAUUAAACCUGGCUCAAGCUUGCUUAUCACCGGGGCUGGUCCCAUUGGAAUUAUGGUUCUCAUAGCGGCAAAGGCAAUGGGGGCGUCAAAUAUCUGCGUCACAGACCUUGUUCAGAGCCGAGUAGACUUCGCCAAAGGCAUGGGAGCGUCACACACCGUUCUUGUGAAGGCAGACGACGACAUAGAGGUCACUGCGGCCAAGGUGAGCCACAUCCUGGGCUGUGGUCACGUGCAGGCGGCUGUGGACACGAGUGGAGCGGAGAGCGCCGUACAGUUAGCUAUCCUGGUUACAAAACCUGGGCGUAUUGUUGCCACAGUUGGAUUGGGUCCGGCUAAUAUCGCCAUUCCACUUAAUCAGGUCACUUUCAAGCAAAUAGACUUGAGAGGUUGCCGAACCUACUGUAAUAACCAGCAUGAAGUACUGAACCUAGUAGCUUCCGGCCAGGUGGACAUUAAGCCGUUGGUCAGCCACAGAUUUCCGCUGGACCAAGCUCUGGAAGCGUUUGACGUGGCCAGAGGGCGCCAGGGCAUGAAAUGCGUCCUCCAGUGUUCUGAGCCUGAAUUAAAUGGGACGGUUCUUCAGAAUGGACACUAAGUGACCCUCUACAAUACUCGAUGUUUAGUGUGGAAAGUGAUUGCAAAAUCAGCAACGUCUGUACUUCAAGGAUCCUUCAUUUUAAAGACAGGGUGACCAAUAUGGCUUCCCGGUUUUCAUGAUAAUAUAAGUGGCCAAAACUGUAAAUCGUUUUAAUAUGCUUUUAUUCAUAGAAUUUUGUACAGUUUAAUACUGAAAAUUGAUCUAAAUUCCGAUCUAAUAAUGUGAUAUUGCUGCCAGGGGUUACAUGACAUUUGAACAAGUCUCCAGCACUUAGAAUGAUGACCUGCGUCUGAUUGGGCUUAACUUACAUAUAUCAUGUUAACAUAGAGAUACGCCUGGUGAUUCAUCAAGUGAAUUGUACAUAUUUUAUGUUAAACUAAAAAUUUUAUUUUAAUCACAAUGAAUGAAUCUAGAAAUAGCCGUAACGGGGUAGGAAAAGCGGGUUGUGGCGAGAGAAAAGUUACGCUCAAAAAAUAAACAGUCGUGAAAAUAACCAGUAGCAAAAAAUCAAAAUUAUACUUUUUAACUUAUAACGUCUAUUAUUAUAUAUAUUUUUUUGUUUUAACCUUCAAAUCGUUAUUUUAGUGUCCGUUUUGAAAUAAAUUUU